GCCUAGGCGACGAGGGCCCGCGUCUCUCCGGGAGAUCAUGGCGACGUCGCAGGCGACGACUCCCGGGGGAACGACCCCGGCAGGAACCACGCCCGAGUCUGAGAGAAAUAUUGAAUUCCAGGAGCAGGAAAAGAUUCUGUCUCCAGAUUUUCUUUCAGUUGCCCAAAUCACUGAUUUGUUAACACAGAAUGCAGAUGGAAUUCAAGAAAAAAUGGGAAAAUUUUUGAAUUACAAACGUCUUCAAACCCGCUUAAAGGAUGCCAUUCUACUAGACUAUUAUGUAUCUGGAUUUUUGUGGGCUAGAGGAAUGGAUUUUUCUAUUAUUCAAUAUUCAAAAUUCAUGACUUUACUAAAUAUGUUACUUCAUAAUCUUAAAACACUACACAUGUCCUUAGAAGACAGCAUAAAAUGGCUCGGAGAAGUUAUGGCUGAACUAGGACCAAAUCACUCACAAAAAUGUGAUGACUGGAAUAUCUUCGAUAUAAAACAAGCCAAUGCUAUCAUUGAUUACUUAAAAAUCAGCUUAUUUCAACACUACAAGCUAUAUGAGUUUCUGUUCUACUCUGCCAGGGAAGAAAUUGUGAUAGGAGCUGAGCAAGUGAUAGAGGUUGUCAAGCCUCCAGGUUGCCCUUUCCCAGAUCCUCUGGAAGAAGGAAUCUCAUUUGAUAUUUACUCAACAUUCAUAGAGCCACCCCCAACAUUGGAAAUGGAAACAAAGGAGCUGGAUCAAGAACAAGGGCCUGAGGAGUACCAGCCAGAAAAUGAUACUUCAGACAUGGAACCUUUAGUUGGUUUCACCAUUGAAGAUGUAAAGUCAGUGCUGGGUGAAGUCACAGAUGGCAUUUUAAUGAGCUUUCAGACCGAGAUAAACGAAAAGCUGCAAAUACGGGAGGAGGCCUUUAAUACACGAAUAGAAAAAUUGAAAAAGGCCUGAAGACCGGUACGGGGAGAGCGAUGCUAAACUUCACAGAAACAAAAAAAAAUCCAUCCAGAAUAACAGACUCUCCAGAGCACGGGUAUCACCUUCCCUUGGUAGCGAAAGGAAAACCCGAGCCCCACUUUUUAUUCUCCUAAGUCAUUAGAAAAGUAUUAGCCCCAAUUUUGCUAUCUCCUGGCUCCUAACAGCCUCUGAAUUUAUUGCACUGAGUGUAAUAAGAACAUUUUGUAUAUAAGAGUUUGGAGAAUUACAUAUAAAAAUACAAUUACUUUUACAGUAGUCCUUUGACGUUUUGACCAAUAAAUGCUAUUCAUCUUCAAGGAGAAGGAAGCCAACUUUUUAAAUAGCCAGAAAUAAAGAAAAAUAAUAAUAAUUGUAUCCAUAUUGACCCAAAUGUACCACCACAUUCCUGAAGCACUGUGAGGAGAUGCCACACUGCUGAGGAUAAAUUUUGCUGAACAGUGGCAAUUCAAAUGCAUAUAUGAGAGGUUUUUUUUUUUUCUUUUAACUUAAAUCAUUUGGUUUUCCUGUUUAAACGUUUCAGUGUGAAACCAAUUUUCUGAAAUUAUAUAAUGCAGUUUGAAGCACUUUAAUUAUUCUGUACUGUAUUUGUUAUUUCUAAUCUUGUUACUCUCCCAGGAGAAUACAUGACCUAUAUAAAAAGAAGCAAUAUAUAAAUGGUUAUUAAAGACCAACCUAUAUAUAGAUUGUAAAACUCUUAAAUACAAAUCAAACUCACAGAGCUCC